CUAUUAUGUCAUCAAUUUUCGUAAUAUGUUCGACGCAUAUUUAAAUGAUGUAAUCAUAAUAAUACCAAAAAAAGGAAAGCAGGGGGCUGGUUUAGCUUUCACUUUUACGAAUUUCGAGCGUGCCUUACCUCUUGGUGUCUUUGUUUAACCCAUUCCAAUAGAUUAAUGACGUAUUUCUAAUUAAAAACCGUUUGAGCGCACCUCCCUUAACACUUUUAUCAUUAGAAAAAGGUUUGCUGAACCUUCAACACACUAUGUUUUUUUACUUUUUUUGUUUUGUGAGUUUAAGUGUAGGAGUUUGUGGAUAUACAGUGCAAGAUGCGCCUUUACUUGUUAAAAGACCUUCUUGGUUGAAAGUUUGCAAAAAAACAGACCCCAAAAUCAAUAGUUGCAUCAAUGACAUGUUUUUGCAAAUGUUUCCUGACUUGGCUAAAGGCAUUCCAGAAAUUAACGUAGAACACUUUGAACCUCUAUCACUUGAAAGUGUUUCGAUAAGCAAAGGAAUGGGACCCAUUGUCCUUGCUGGUAGUCUGUUUGAUUUACUUGUAGCCGGACCUUCAAACUCUACACCAGUUGAUUCAGAGUUUAUUCAAAACGGUAAAAAAGGUAACUGGAAUUUCGGCUUGGACAUCCCACUACUGGACAUCAAAUCUCGUUACAACCUUAAAGGACAAAUUUUGGUUCUACCACUGCUAGGCCAAGGCCAUUGUGAGAUAAAACUCUACAAUAUCCUCACAAAAGUGUCUACUAAUUUGACUUUUGUGGAAAAAGACGGUAGAGAAUUGAUGCACAUAGACAGUAUGAAGGUGAAAUUUCGCAUUGGAGGUUUAAAAGUGAAAUUCGAGAAUUUGUUUAAUGGAAAUAAGAUUUUAGGUCAAACUGUUAACAGUUUCAUCAAUCACAACGGCCUUGAAAUUGUCAGCGAAUUAGAAGAAAGUAUCAGCACUAGUUUAGCGGAAAUUUUCAAAAAAUUACUCAAUAAUGUUUUCAUGAAAAUUCCCACUGAUUUGUGGUAUUUGACUGAUGAACAGUAUAAAGAGUAUAACAAGGAAAACAGUAAAAAUAUGUAGGUUUAAGUGAGAAAAAAAAUAGACCAAAAAAUUGUGAUAAGAAAUAUUUAGACUGCAAUUUGAAAUUUUUUGUUAUAUAGAAUCAAAAAAAAGAUGUCACUAUCAUCUAGUUGUAUAGAUGUAUAUUAUCCGUU